AUGCUCGCCUUCGCAUUCAGAGUCGUUCUCCUCGCGACCGCGGCGGCGCAGUCAUCCAACUCCGCCUACUACAACUUUGUGCCACGCACUCGACAUGAUGUCCUGAUGUGGGGACAGGCAGUGUCCUUGGCCCCAAUCACCGAUGGUUGGGAGUACCUAUAUGACGAGAAUCGCUCAAACGGGAGGAAUACAUGGGCAUCACAGACGCCACCCAGCGAGCUGUCGUUCCGCAAUCGUGAGGGCCGGACGACUCUGCAAACAACACAGCCGGGUCAGGCCAUGAGCAUGUUCUUCACAGGCGAGGCGUGCACUUUGGGAGGGACGUUGCAGGUGGGCGCGGGAUUUGACGGCACAAAUCCCGCGUAUUGGUCGGUCUUCAUCGACGGAGAGCCCGCUAGGUAUGAGUUCAUUCUUGACGAGUAUCAAGAUGGAUUUAUCGGUAUCUCGGGCCUGCAGAGCGAUCGCUUCCACAAUGCCACGUUCGUCACCGGGCCACAGUUCAAUGGAACCGUCAGUAUCGCCUUUGCGACCUGGUCGACAUGGAUGAUGCGCGACAACGACACGCAAGUUUCGGACGCGAUCGGCCUGCAAAAUAUCGGGAACCGCAUUUCUUUCGCGGAUGGCAACGCCGUCCAGCCCAUCCUCACCCCCAAGGGAGACGUCGCGGUGCAUCAGUACACCUUCCAAAGUGCGACCAACUCUGUCACUAUUGCCUUGGCACUGCUGAUUCCAGAUGGGGAGCAGGAGGCUGCUCUCGCCCUAAAGGGCGACGCGAGCUUUGAGGUAAUGGUACCGGUCAACUCGUGCUACAUCGAGUGCGACGGGUACGUUGGUCCAGACUAUGGCGUUGUCAACUUUGCGCUCGACCCACCACCACCCGGCGAUGUUAAGUCCGCCUACUGGUCCCGCUCGACCAAUCGCGCGUGGUACACGCACGACACGAUGUUUUCACUCGCUCUCAACCCGAACCUGCAGUACAAACUCAUGGUGUGGACAGAAGCCGCUACCGCCGGGGCCGGGGUGUACCUUAAUGGCUCAAUGAUUUACCCUUUCUCUAACGACGAACCCGGACCGUUCUGGAUCAAUGAGAACCUGGCAACGAAUGCGACGAAUGCGACAAGAAGUAACGCAGAGGGUGAGACGCCACUUGGCCAAACUACGUCAGGCAAGGUCAACGUGGGCGCCAUAGCUGGCGGUGUAGCGGGCGGCGUGGUGUUCCUGGCGCUGUUGGCGGUACUCUUCUUCCUGCGCCGUUCCUGGAAAUCUAACCGCGAAACUCGGAAUAUUGAUAUUGACGAAUGGGAGGACAGCGGAUUCACCAACUCAAAGGAGUCAGCCGUCACCCCCUUCCUCAGUACGCCCAUCCCACACGAGUACGCUGCGGUGUCAGAGAGAACGCCAAGCACUUGCUUCCACUCUUCUGAAGCCAACUCGAGCUCGGAAAAAGUCCCCAGCGGUACAGUUUACACUCACAUCAAAUACAGCGCCCUGAGCGAAGAGUCCCCAGCCCCAAAGACCGGCUCCGUCAAUACGGGCCGGGAGAGGCCGGCUGAACCGCUGGCUGUGUCCCCCGAAGUCGUGCAGGAACGCGAUUGGGGGACUUUACCUCAAGAGUUGGUGCCGCCAGUCUAUAACUUGUCCUGGGCAGCGUCGCGUCCGGUUGUGACGAGGGACGAUGAGUAG